AUGGGCGAGUCUCCCACUAAAAAGAAUUCAGGGCCGGUACCAAUAGUGCGACGUGAUUCUGAUGCUCGCAUUGCAAGCCGUAAUAACAGCAGAAGGACAUCCAUGGCUAGGCUUGCAGCGUCGCCCUUGGUCUCUGGAACGCCUUUAUCUGUUCUCAAUCAGAAGCGGCCUGACUCUCCUAGCUCCUCUGUGAUCGAUGAUAGGGCCAGCCCUGUAAAUGCGCACAGGAAUCCCUCCGCUCAAGUUUAUCCAUCUCUUUCCACUUCCGGAUCAUCAGACGCAGAAGAUACGUCUAUUCUGGGACGUGGUGAGCCACAGGUAGACGUUCCCCUAUCCUCUUCCCACAGUUCCGCGAUCGACGAUCCUACACUGUGGAAGAAUGUUUCCAAACAUUUGGCUACUGAUGCAAAUGGUUCGCUCAAACUAGCGGGUGGUGAUAUUACUAGAGAUCUCUACACGCUCCCCGCUAAGAAGAACAACUUGAGACGGUCACGCAGUUUGACGGGUGCAGAUUUGCCUGGAGAACGCCGCGGCUCCGCGGCAUCGCAAAUUCGUCUUCCAGGAGGCUUCAGGAGACAGUUCAUUCUGCAUAAGAGCUCAAAAUAUGGCCACCAACUGUCCAAGCCAACAUUCUUCACCAGGAAUUUCUUAGAGUUCUUAUCGAUAUAUGGACAUUUUGCCGGUGAGGAUCUUGAAGAUGAGGAUUAUCUGGCUUGUUCCUAUGUUAUUGACAAGGAUACUGACGAAGAGACCCCUCUGUUAGAGCCCCGGGCUCAUGGGGGCACUGCAUCGACGUUGAAAUCAUUCUUCCUGCUUCUUAAAUCGUUUGUUGGAACGGGAGUGUUAUUCCUACCUCGCGCAUUCUAUAACGGAGGCAUUCUAUUUUGCACUUUAACCUUGCUUUUUUUCGGAGCUUUAUCAUAUUGGUGUUACUACAUCCUUGUGUUGACGAAGGUGAAAACUAGGGUGUCUUCAUUCGGUGACAUUGGAAUGAUUCUCUAUGGAAGAAAUAUGAAACUUCUGAUCCUUAGCUCUAUCAUUCUUUCCCAGAUUGGCUUUGUGGCUGCAUACACCAUUUUCACUGCUGAGAACCUUCGGGCGUUCGUCCUCAAUUUUUUCGGCGUGGACAUCUCACUUGGUAACUGGGUUGUAAUGGAAUGUGUGGUAUUUAUACCACUUUCAUUGAUUAGAAACAUUACAAAACUAUCGCUUGCAGCCCUCUUAGCAAACAUAUUUAUCUUGAGCGGUCUGGUUACGAUCGUCUAUUAUGCUUCACUGGACCUCAUAGAAAACGGACCGGCACAUGUCGAGCUGUUCAACCAAGACAAAUGGUCUCUGUUCAUUGGUGUGGCUAUCUUUGCAUUUGAGGGAAUUGGAUUAAUCAUUCCAGUGCAAGAAUCGAUGAAGCAUCCAGAACAGUAUCCAAAAGUGUUGGGUGCAGUCAUCAUCGUUUGUUCCAUUCUAUUUAUUGGGGUAGGCUCCUUAGGAUACAUGACUUACGGAGAUCAAGUCAACACAGUAGUGAUUCUGAAUCUUCCACAGUCUUCCAUCGCAGUGAGAUCUAUCCAACUGUUCUACGCCAUAGCUAUCCUUCUUUCUGCUCCGCUACAACUGCUGCCCGCAAUAAGAAUUAUUGAAUCUAGACUCUACAAAAGACGGUCUGGAAAGACCGACUCUGCGACAAAAUGGUCCAAAAACAUGUUUCGUACAUGCAUGGUGGUUGGGACAAGCCUCAUAGCGUACUUGGGGUCUUCCAACCUUGACCAGUUUGUGUCCUUUGUUGGUUCAUUCGCCUGCAUUCCAUUGGUGUACAUGUAUCCUCCAAUGCUGCAUUACAAAAUCUGCGCCCAUACGAGAUUGAUGAAAAUCAUUGACAUGAGCUUGGUGGUUUUAGGAGGAGUGGCCAUGGUAUACACGUCCUACCAGGUGAUUUUAGGAUAG